GGCAAGGCCAUAGCUUAGGUGCUGCCACGCGAGGCCUUCUGGGCAGACAUCAGCCAAUCCUCAUGAGGCGUACACGAGCCCCAGCCAAUCAGCGCCUGUCUUAUUCCUGGGUACCGCCCGCACCGGCCUUUUCUCCCUGCCCCCCUUCCCGUGCCUGUAGUCGCGGCUGAAGGUGCAGCCGCCGUCACAGCUGAUCCGGCUCUGGGGACCCGCUUCCCCCUGGCUCUGUUCGGUUUCUCCAGUUGUCUUCACUGAGGAUGAGUCCGUGCGCAGUUGUGCGCCCGUCUCGCGGAGUACACCGGCGCACUUUCAUCUAGCGACUGGUCACCCUUGCAAUUAUGGAUAUUUGAAAGGAUCAGACAGUGUGGAGGGGGAGUCCCCUCCUCACUCCCCCUUGGUGCUCGACUCCAGGAAUAAUCUAUAAACUGUGGAAAGUUUUUUUUCCUUAAUAAAGAACUUGUAUUUGAUAUAAACUUUAUAGAACUAUUUAUAAUUUUUUGAUUUAAGUGCCAAAAUAAAUUGUACAAAGAUAUAUAGUUUUAUACUAUUGCCAUUGAGGAUUUAAAUUAUAAUCCUAAACAGGUCAUUUAUUCUCUAUAAAUCUUUCUGAAUAGCACCUUUUUGUCCUGGGUUUUUCAUUUUUAAAAAUUAGUCUUAACUGACUACUCCGAAGAGCUAAACUAAGCAGUAUAAAAACCAUUAGGAUGAAUUCUUCCAUCCCUGACUGCACAUCAAAGUGUCGAUCCCUGAAGCAUGCUUUGGAUGUCCUCUCUGUGGUAACAAAGGGGAAUGAAAACCAGAUUAAGGCCUUUCUCUCCAGUCAUUGUUACAAUGCUGCAACUAUCAAAGAUGCUUUUGGCAGAAACGCCCUCCACCUUGUUUCCUCCUGUGGAAAGAAAGGAGUGUUAGAUUGGCUUAUUGAGAAAGGAGUGGAUCUGCUGGUGAAAGACAAGGAAUCAGGAUGGACAGCUUUGCACAGAAGCAUUUUUUAUGGACAUAUUGAUUGUGUUUGGUCUCUAUUGAAGCAUGGUGUUAGUCUGUAUAUUCAAGACAAAGAAGGCUUGUCAGCUUUGGAUCUUGUAAUGAAGGAUAGACCAACUCAUGUAGUAUUCAAAACUACUGAUCCUACGGAUGUCUACACUUGGGGAGAUAAUACAAAUUUCACCCUGGGUCAUGGAAGCCAGAAUAGCAAACAUCAUCCAGAGUUGGUGGAUCUGUUCUCCAGGAGUGGGGUUUAUAUCAAGCAGGUGGUGCUUUGUAAAUUUCACUCCGUGUUUCUGUCUCAGAAAGGGCAGGUUUAUACCUGUGGUCAUGGUCCCGGAGGACGUUUAGGCCAUGGAGAUGAACAGACAUGCUUGAUCCCUAGGCUUGUGGAAGGACUGAGUGGUCAUAAUUGUUCCCAAGUGGCAGCUGCUAAGGAUCAUACUGUUGUAUUGACUGAAGAUGGAUGUGUUUAUACAUUUGGCCUGAAUAUUUUUCAUCAAUUAGGAAUUAUUCCUCCACCUUCCAGUUGUAAUGUACCCAGACAGAUGCAGGCAAAAUAUCUGAAAGGAAGGACAGUCAUUGGAGUAGCAGCAGGCAGGUUUCAUACAGUGCUGUGGACUAGAGAAGCUGUUUACACUAUGGGGCUAAAUGGUGGACAACUGGGUUAUUUGCCAGAUCCCAAUGGAGAAAAGUAUGUAACCGCUCCUCGUCAGGUCUCUGCCCUUCAUCAUAAGGAUAUCACUUUGUCUUUGGUUGCUGCAAGUGAUGGGGCCACAGUCUGUGUUACGACAAGGGGAGAUAUUUACUUACUUGCAGACUAUCAGUGCAAGAAGAUGGCUUCCAGACAACUGAACUUGAAAAAAGUUCUUGUUUCUGGGGGGCGAAUGGAGUACAAGGUUGAUCCUGAAAAUUUGAAAGAAAAUGGAGGUCAAAAAAUUUGCAUUCUUGCAAUGGAUGGAGCUGGAAGGGUAUUUUGCUGGAGAUCUGUCAGCAGUUCUCUGAAGCAGUGUCGAUGGGCCUAUCCACGCCAGGUCUUCAUUUCUGACAUUGCUUUAAAUAGAAAAGACAUUUUAUUUGUCACACAAGAUGGAGAAGGAUUUAGAGGGAAAUGGUUUGAAGAAAAAAAAAAGAAUUCUGAAAAGAAAGCAGAGAUUUUAUCAAAUCUUCAUAAUUCCUCAUCAGAUGUGUCUUGUGUCUCUGAUAUAAAUAGUGUAUAUGAAAGAAUUCGACUUGAGAAACUUACUUUUGCCCAUAGAGCUGUUAGCGUCAGCACAGAUCCAAGUGGAUGCAACUUUGCAAUCCUGCAGUCAGAUCCUAAAACAAGCCUUUAUGAAAUUCCAUCUGUAUCCUCAUCAUCCUUUUUUGAAGAGUUUGGCAAACUCUUAAGGGAAACAGAUGAAACGGACAGCAUACAUGACGUGACAUUUCAAGUUGGCAAUAGAAUUUUCCCUGCACAUAAAUAUAUUUUGGCAGCGCAUUCUGACUUUUUUCAGAAGUUGUUUCUUUCAGAUGGGACCUCUUUAGACUUUACAGAUGUUUACCGGAAAGAUGAAGAUUCUGCAGGGUGCCAUCUCUUUGUGGUAGAGAAGGUUCAUCCUGACUUGUUUGAGUACCUUUUACAAUUUAUAUACACAGAUACUUGUGACUUUUUAAUUCAUGGCUUCACACCAAGAAUAAACUUAAACAGAAAGCCAGAAGAAUAUCAGGGCACUAUGAAUUCUCAUUCAAAUAAAAUGAAUUGCCAUGAAGAUAAUCAGAAGUCAGCAUUUGAAGUGUACAGAAGUAAUCAAGCUCAUACAGUUAAUGAAAAGCAGAAAAGCAAACCAAAAUCUUCCAAUAAAGGGAAAAGUAAUGGGGAAGAUGAUCCUGUAAGAAUGUUGCAAAAUGUUGCAAAGAAAUUUGGUUUCAGUAAUUUGAGUAGUAGGUUAGAUGGAGUUAAAUUUGAAAAUGGAAAAAUCAAUGUUAUUGAGAAGAAAACUGGUAAUAAAUCAAAGCUAAAUCAGAAAAAAUGUUCAUUUCUGUGUGAUGUGACCAUGAAAUCAAUGGACGGAAAGGAAUUUCCUUGUCAUAAGUGUGUUCUUUGUGCUAGACUUGAAUAUUUUCAUAGUAUGCUGAGUAGCUCAUGGAUUGAGGCUUCCACUUGUACAGCUCUGGAAAUGCCAAUACAUUCUGACAUACUGAAAGUUAUUUUGGACUACCUCUAUACUGACGAAGCUGUGGUGAUAAAAGAAUCUCAAAAUGUGGAUUUUGUUUGUAGUGUUCUUGUGGUGGCUGAUCAGCUUCUUAUAACUCGAUUGAAAGGGAUUUGUGAAGUAGCAUUAACUGAGAAGCUUACCCUUAAGAAUGCUGCUAUGGUACUGGAAUUUGCAGCAAUGUAUAAUGCUGAACAAUUGAAACUGUCUUGUUUACAGUUUAUAGGACUGAAUAUGGCUGCUUUACUUGAAGCAAGGUCUCUUGAUGUUUUAAGUGAUGGUGUUUUAAAGGAUCUUUCUGUGUUUUAUAGAAAAAUGAUUCCAGCAAUGGAUAGAAGAGUCAUUACACCGUACCAAGAUGGACCAGAUAUUAGCUAUUUGGAAGUAGAAGGUGGAGAUAUCCUUUUGAAAGAAGAGAUAAAUUUGGAACAAAAUUAUUCGGAAAGUAUGUUCAAGAAGGCAAAAACAAAAGCAAAAAAGAAGCCACGUAAGCGUUCAGAUAGUUCAGGAGGUUAUAACCUUUCAGAUGUUAUUCAGAGUCCACCAUCUACAGGAUUAUUAAAGUCUGGUAAAGCCAAUUCUGUGGAAUCUCUUCCAGAACUGUUGACAUCAGACUCUUCUGAAGGAAGCUAUGCAGGAGUGGGUAGUCCUAGAGAUUUACAGUCCCCUGAUUUCAUAGCAGGAUUUCAGUCAGAUAAAAUUGAGGGGAAGAUUAAACCAUAUGUUAAUGGUACACCUCCUACAUAUUCUAGGGAAGAUUUAAAACCAUGGGAAAAAUCACCAAUACUUAACAUAUCUGCUCCACAGACCAUUCCCAGUAACAGAAUUGAUACUACCAGCUCUUCCAGUUGGGUUGCUGGCUCUUUCAGUCCUGUCAGCCCUCCUGUCAUGGAUCUCAGAACCAUCAUGCAAAUUGAAGAAAGUAGACAAAAAUGUGGAGCUACACCAAAGACAAAUUUGGGCAAAAUGAUUUCUCAUGGAGUUAAACUUUCUCAGAAGCAACGAAAAAUGAUUGCAAUGACUACCAAAGAAAACAAUUCAGGAACAAAUAGCAUGGAAACAGCUUUAACUGCACCUUCAAAAACUCCAAAACCAGUGAAUGCAUGGGCAUGUUCUUCUCUGUAUUCGGUUUCAUCCAAGUCAUUCCGGGAUUUCUUAGAAGAAAAAAAAUCUAUUACUGGCCAUAGUUCAGGAGAUCAUGUCAAAAAAGUUUGUUUUAAAGAAAUAGAAAAUUCCCAGGCUCCGAAAAUUGCAAGAGAGAGAGAGACAGCCAGCGAGAGAGGGAACACAAGCAGGGGGAGUGGGAGAGGAAGAAGCAGGCUCCCGUUAGAGGAGCCUGAUGUGGCUUGAUCCCAGAACGCCGGGAUCACGCCCUGAGCCGAAGGCAGAUGCUUAACGACUGAGCCACCCAGGCGCCCCUUGAUAUUUGUUUAAUCAUAGCUCUAUUUAACAGUUUUGCUUCAUUCUGAGUUGAAAUUUUCAUGGACUUUUGGUGGUUUGGAUAAAUUUAUAAUUAAUAAGAUUAUCCACUGAAGAAUCAUUAGUGGAAAGACUUCUGGGAUUACAAUCUUAUAAAACCGAUUUGAGUUUCAGUCUAACACAGUAGCCCUCUGUGAACCUUUCUGAACCAGAUUCAUGACAUAUGAAAUAAGAACAAUAAUGUCUAUCAUGCAAGUUUAUUAUGAGGUUUAUAUCUGAUAAUAUAUAUGGAAGUACUUUAUAAAUUAUAAAAUGUUAUCCAGGUAAGUUGUUAUACUUAAGCUCUGAUUGCUUAACUUUUGAUUUAACAAGGCCUAUAUAAGAUACUUUAGUCCUGAUACUCAAUUUGUUUUAGCCAGUACUGUACUAUUUUCACAAACAGCUUGUAGCUGCUGUUUCUUAAUUAAAUAAUUGAUUCUACAGUAUUUUUCCAUUUCUUUGAAAGUGUGUCAAACACUUUUGGCCAAUCCCAGACACCAGAGGGAUUUUUGAACACCACUCGAGUCAUCAUUUGUGUUUAUUCCAUGUUAUGCUUUAGUGCCCUAGAAAGCCUCUGAUUUCUAGCCUUGGGCUGACUUUAGGAUCUUCUCUUUUCUCUCUCUCUCUCUUUCUCUCUCUUCCUUCCUUUCAUUUUCCUUUCUCACUCUCUCUCUCCUUUCCUUCUGUCGUCAUCGUGUACCGUUUAUUCUGGUAGCUUUCUGGUCCAUCUUCUUAGCCCCAUUUUUCUCCUGGCUACAAGUCUGCUUCUUCCUGGAGCCUUCUCGUAAUUUGGAUGCCACAGGUCAGGCAUCCCGUAGAUUUCAAGUCCUGGAACUUAAAACUGAGAACUUAUAACUGUACCUAUUUUCACUUCAUUCAGUACCUAACAUCUAGAAGAAUAAAGUUAUCAGUAAUUCAAAGGAAUAAGGAACUUAAAAAAAAAUCUGCUUUUAUCUCAUACUUAAAAUCCUUUGGCUUUCUGAUUCUGUUAUUUAUUCUUUAAUUCAGUUUUUACAAACAGCUGUGUUCCAGAUGUUGUGUUGGACACAUGAAUGAGGCACAGUGCUGUACCUUGAGAGACUAGUCUGGCAGUUGAGACAGAUGUGUAAACAAUAACAACACAGUGUGGGAAGCUAUAGUAGUUGAAAUGCUGUAGGAGCAGAGAGGAGGUGAUAUUUGAGCCAGUCCUUAAAGAAUAAGAAGACAUUUGUAGUGGAAUGUAUUGUAAACUAAGGGGAAUAAUAAAAACAAAGGCAGGUUUGUGAUAAUGGAAACAUACUGUACUCUGAGUGAAAAAGACCUGCUUUGGGUUCUGUUUCUGCUACUCCCAACCUGAGAGUCAGGCAGUUAUAUAUAGUAUUCUUUGAGUCUAAAUUUCCUAAUCACUGUAAUGGAAAUAAUACAUGCUUGCUUUAUAGAGUAUUGGAAAUAUUAAAUGAGAUAAUAUAUAUGAAAAUACUGUCAGUAAAUUUAUUUGCCCAUACAUCAGUUCUAAACGUUUUAGCUUUCAGUGCAUUUUGUACUCUGGCCCUACUGGUUCAUUUUAACUUUGUUUCACUUUUAAUCUCUUCCAAACUCUUAAUCUUAUCAUUCUAUUUAUUGAAAAGAACAGCCUAUCUUUACUUAAGCCACCAAAGUCUUUUACCAUUACAUAUAUUAGUACAACCAGAAACCCUGUUUCAGUGCCACUCUCCUCAGCUUUAAUGUCAUUUCUUCAGUGAAGCCAACAGCAUAUACCCUCAUGUCAAUUUCUCCUGUGAAUCCAUACCACUUUGUGCAAAUUGGUACAAGUAUCAAUUGUUUUAUCUCACAUUGUUUUAUCAUUGUUUAUAAAUAAAUUUUUAAAUCUCUCAGAGUUUUUAGUGGGGAAGGGACUGAAUUUUUUUGUUUUUAAUGUUCAGUUAGCCACUGUAUAGUACAUCAUUAGUUUUUGAUGUAGCAUUCAGUGAUUCAUUACUUGCUUAUAAUACCCAGUGCUCAUU